UAAGAAGUGGACUUUGUGUAGUUGAGCACCUCAGACUGAAGCUCCAGGCUGACACUGAGAAGACACAAGAGAAGCAAAUCUGCAGCAGGUCUUCAUCUGGGACAUCUGCAUCAUCUGCAUCAUCUGCAUCAUCAUCAUCGUCAUGAAGUUGCUGGUUGUGUUUCUCCUCGUUGGAACCAUGAUGGUCCUGUCAGAGGGUUUUCCAGAACCAGAGCCUGGACCUGAGGCCGAAUCAUCUGAGGAAAGUGAACCUGAGACAGAAUCACCAGAUGAUGAAUCACCAGAUAAUGAAUCACCAGAUGAUGGAUCACCAGAUGAAGAAUCACCAGAUGAAGACAAGAACAGUGUUGUCAAGAGAGCAGUAGGAUGCCCCUUUGGUUGGACACAAUUUGGACGUCGCUGUUUGAUUGUGAAUGCACCAAUGAAGUGGACUGAUGCUCAGAGUCGCUGUCUGUCCAUGAAAGGAAACCUUCUGUCUAUUCACAGUGUGCAUCAGAACAACUGGGCCGUAAGUUUGAUGGGGGGCAGACGGGCAUGGAUUGCAGGAUCUGAUGCGCAAGAAGAGGGUCAGUGGUUCAAUGUUGAUGGUACACGCUUCAACUAUGCAAACUGGUGUCAUGGAGAGCCAAACAACCACGGUGGCCAAGAGCACUGUGCAGAAAUUAACUAUUCAGAUCAAAAGUGCUGGAAUGAUCUGUCUUGUUCGGUUCGCCUUCAUUCCAUCUGUGCCAGAAAAGUGAAUCCCUGAGCAAACACAGAGGCAUGAAGUGAAAUCACAACCAGUCAGCGCAGUGUGUUUGUGUCUACAGUUUGUACAUCGGUCUGUCUGUGUCAUCAGUCUCAUAGAUAAACUGGUGACUUGAUAUUUGAAAUCAAACCUGUAUUUCUUUUCUUUUCUCGCUGUAACGCUACACAUGGAAAGAAGCGACAAGUCAAAUGUGAACUGUAGGUGGACUGCUUUAGGACCUGGUGUCUCAUAAAAGAGCAGAUUGAACGGUUCUGAAAAGAUGCUUUUAGCUCAACUUCAUUCUGAUUCUGUUCUUCUUCAGUCAUGCAUGAUUAAAAGGAUUUAAGCAUUGAA